CCGAGCGCGCCUGCGCAGUGCGCUCUGCUCAGGGAGGCGGUGGCGACGCGCAGGAGGAAAGAUGGAAGACUACCAGGCUGGGGAGGAGACGGCUUUUGUGGUAGAUGAAGUGAGCAACAUUGUAAAAGAGGCGAUAGAAAGUGCAAUUGGUGGCAACGCCUACCAGCACAGCAAAGUCAAUCAGUGGACCACAAAUGUGGUGGAACAGACUUUGAGCCAACUUACCAAGCUGGGAAAACCGUUUAAAUACAUUGUGACCUGUGUAAUUAUGCAGAAGAAUGGAGCGGGAUUACACACGGCGAGUUCUUGCUUCUGGGACAGCUCUACUGACGGCAGCUGCACCGUGCGGUGGGAGAACAAGAGCAUGUACUGCAUCGUCAGCGCCUUCGGGCUCUCGAUUUGACCUCGUCCAGCCGUGAUCUCCUUUUGUCAGCUUUUCUCUUCCAUCUUCUAACCACCAGUCAUGAAUUCAGUGAACACCUUUCUCAUUCUCUCUAAGUGUGUUUUUUGUGGCACUCUCAAAAUGUAGAGAAGAACCGAGUGGCCGCACUGUUGUACGAACUACACACCCUACUCAGAGGACUCACCCACCACAGGCACAGGCCUGCACGCCACUUGUCUCAACUGAAUGUUUCUUUUCAAAGGUGCUAAAAACUGAAAUCUGUUGGUGUGAAACUUUCUCUACUCUGAAAUGAUUCAAACACACUAAUUUUCCAUACUUUGUACUUUUGUUAGAAUAAUAAAUUAUUCCAACUUAAA